AUGUUUUCUUCGAGAGUUGUUCUACAUAGUGCGCCAGCUGCGAAAAUUGCCUGCAGACAAUUUUCAGUCUUUCAACCUCGCUUACAAGUACCCAAAUCAAAUAUCACUGAACCAACUGAGAAAGAGCCGAGCAAUGUAUUCAAUUGGACCGAUUUCUUUCAGUUGCGAAAGCAAGAGCGCAGAAUCAACCUUGGGUCAUCGGUAGUCACUGCUCUAUUGACUAGUAAUGCAUCGUGGGCCUAUUUGUCGACUAUGGAGAUCGACCCAAUGCAAACAAUUAUGGGAUUCGAUCCUUUGGUGGUGGUUUCUGCAAGCCUUUUGGCUUCUGGUGCCUUUGGAUACCUUUUAGGUCCCAUUUUAGGGACAACUAUCUUCAAAAUGAGACAAAAAUCGAACUUGACAGAGUACAAUCAGAAGACGAAGGCUUUUUUGAGGCAUGUUAUUGACAACCGAGUGGAUUCAUCAUCUCAGAGCUUUAGUAACCCAGUCCCAGACUACUAUGGUGAGAAAAUAGGGUCUGUAGGCGAAUAUAGGCAAUGGUUGAGGGACUGCCACGGUUUCAGAAGAAAAGCCAGAGAGUUUCUUUGA